AAAACAAAACUGAUCAACUAGCAGUAGAAUUUCUUCAUCUCUCCGUAAUCCUUGGACGCAAGGGAAACGAUUUUACUUCCAAUUCCUCGGUGAAUUUUCCUUUGCCUUUCUCUCCUACAUAUAGCGAAUUCCUUCCUUCCUGAAUCAAGUCGAUUUCGUCUGGAAAAAUAGUCAAGCUUCCACGAGCUAAGAAGCAGCACCAGAGUAGUAUGGCGGUCUCUCAUGCGGAUGACUUAGACCAGCUCCUCGACAGUGCUCUCGAUGAUUUCCAAAGUCUCAACCUUGCGCCUCCGUCUUCACAAAGAAUUGCUGGCGGCGGGGGAAGGGAUGGUGGCGAUAAGGAGAAGAGCAAGGUGGAGGAUUCAGAUGUUGCUUUGCCGGCUGGGGUUCAGGGUUUAGGUAUGGGAUUGCCGGAAUUGAAGAGCAAGAAGAAAGGGAAACAAAUGGCGGCGGCAUCUUCUAAGGAUACCCAUGUGGCUGAGGCGCUUGAUAAGCUUAUGGAGCAGACUAAAGAAGCUGUAAUGGGAUUGGAGUCCGUCACUGGCUCAAAGGCUGGUGCUGAUAAUAAGGAUGCUAUGGUGGAGGAUUGGGUUAAGCAGUUCGAGGAGCUUGCUUCUGGCCAGGACAUGGCAUCUCUUGUAGAGACCAUGAUGCAGCAGCUGCUUUCGAAGGAGAUUCUUCAUGAACCAAUGAAGGAAAUCGAAGGGAGGUAUCCGACAUGGUUGAAAGACCACGAAUCAAGUUUGGGUAAAGAGGACUUUGAACGUUAUUCAAAUCAAUUUGGACUUAUAAAGGUUCUCAACGAGGUCUAUGAGAAUGACCCCAAUAACUACACCAGAAUCACAGAGCUCAUGCAAAAGAUGCAAGAAUGUGGACAGCCACCUGAUGAAAUCAUCCGGGAACUUGCACCUGAUCUCGAUUUGGCUACUCUCGGUCAAAUAACACCUGAGAUGCUGGAUUCCCAGCAAAACUGUAGUAUAAUGUGACGGAAGGAAUGGAAUACCUUUUGUUGUUAAUGGCUCAAGUAGUCAUCUUCAUUUACUCUAUGAAACAUUUAUUUAUCUUCGGAACAUUCAUGAAUAAUGAAGUAUCAUGCUUCAGUGUUGAUGCCAAUACAAAGCAGUGUGAUUGAUGGGGUUUCAGGGCUUUUUGAUACAUUCAUCGUCACAACAAUCACCAUGUAAAUCAAACCAGAAGGCAUAGUUCCAUUUUAUUCUUCAAGUUGCAGUUGCAGGAGUUUUGUUGGUUUAGAAGACAAUGAUAGCUUAUAGGAUAGCUUGUUUU